AUGGCAGAGUCAGAUUUUCGCCUGUUCCAGAAGCUCUUAGUGGGCCGCGAACUUCCAGCCCUACAGCAGGAUGCUGAAUACUUGGAGGAAUCACACGAUUCUGAGCUCGAAUCCCUAGCCACAGCUGACGAGCAGCUCUACCAAAUCUCGUCAAUCUCACCGCUUGCAAGACAAUACGUCUCCCACAGGCUGCCAAACAGUAGUGACACGGAGUACGAGCCUGGUGAGGAGGCUUACGAGGAGGAACAAUCUGACAAUGGUUCUGUAAAUAGUGAUUAUGGUGUUUUGGACGCAAGAUCCACUGCCAGGCGCAAGCCCAGCGCCGCAAGAAAAGGUUUCCGCCCAGGAAUACACUCAGAUCUUAAUCCAAGCGGGCAGGCUGUGGCAAAUCAGCUUGGCUUAGCUGGCGAACGCGCAGCAACACCCGUGGAAUACCAGCAGCACCCGCAACCCACGCCUCAACCCCAUUACCAUCCGCAACCAUCCCAGUACCAUCCGCCUCCCCAGCCUCAACCCCAGUACCAUCUGCAACCCCCUCCUCAACCACAGUACCAUCCACCUCAACUCCAGUAUGAUCCACAACCUCCGCCCCAACCCCAAUACCACCCGCAACCCCCGUUUCAACCCCCACCUCAACCCCAAUACCACCCACAACCCCCACCUCAACCCCAAUACCACCCACAACCCCCACCUCAACCCCAAUACCACCCACAACCCCCACCUCAACCCCAGUACCACGCUGAUCGGAACGAGGACAGAGCAGUGGCGGAGGCGUACGCCGCCGCAUUCGCGUUACUUCGGGGUGGGUCGUCAUCGAGGCUCCCACCACAGUCGGAUUCGACUCAAGAUGGCCCUUUGGCCCCAUGGGGGGCCGCACGGCUCGUCGCCCUUGCACCCCUCCACCCAGGAGAGACGAUCCGCGGGGAAAGAACCCAGGGCGUAAUCCGAACCCAAAAACAUCUAUUCGACACCGGGAGACGACGACGUAACGCUCGACUCCCCCCCACACCAGAAAUACCCGGGGCCGUCGUACCGAAUCCUCCCACUGUGCCAAUCGUGGACCCACCUAUCUCGAGACAUGUUAAGCUCUCGACAACAUUAAUGCGAAAGUACAAAGAGGCUGCGAAGGAACAUCUUCGCAGCCUCAUCCUGAAUGCGGAUCCCGAAACGGACGGGGCUCCCGAAGACGAGCUUCGCAACAAAAUGAUCGAUACUGCACUGCAAAUCGCACGAACGAAAAUCGGUCAAGAGGAAAUCGAGGAUAUCAAGGGGAUCAACCACUAUAUGGUGGCUUCGUUAGCAGAUAUGCGACGAAGCUUCAAAUCUUACGCUUUGAACACUGUUCCAGUUGGUUACCAUCUACGUCUACCAUUAUUUUCUGAGGAGGACCAGCCGGCGCACACGCGAGACCGAAUCAAAAUUCUACUCGAGGAUUCAGAGUACUUGCACGAAAUUGAACAGACCAUCGACGGCACAGAGAUUAAACGGCCCCUGGAGAACAAGGUCCUCAUCAACAUGGUCAUUGACCUGUUGAAAGGGGGCCUAUCAGACGUGAUACAUGGUCCGCUCGAUCGUUUGUUUGCAAUGUGUGGUGCAACAAUUCGUUGCGUGCUACAGGCUUAUCGAACUGGUCAAUUCGUUGAUGUCUCGGUGAACUCUACUGCCUUUGAUGAUGCUUACCACGAAAUCAUAGCUUACAUUACUACAACCAUCCAUGCCUCGCAUACCUUGCGUGAAAGGUUUGAUUCUGUACAACAGGCAAUUCUUAAACGAGUACUCGUGAAUUAG